AUGUCUGUGAGUGCUUCGGCCGAAAACCUCUCAACGGACGCACAAAGUUGUGAUGGCGGCUCAAUGUGUCUGGAGCUGGCGUUGGAAGGCGAGCGCCUGUGCAAAGCCGGGGACUGCCGCGCCGGCGUGGCCUUCUUCCAGGCGGCUAUACAGGCGGGCACUGAUGAUCUCAGAACGUUAAGCGCUAUAUACAGUCAACUGGGCAACGCUUACUUCUAUUUAGGAGAUUAUAACAUGGCAAUGCAGUACCACAAACAUGAUUUAACCUUAGCUAGGACAAUGAAUGACAAAUUAGGAGAAGCAAAAGCCUCAGGGAACUUAGGAAAUACGCUUAAAGUGAUGGGCAAGUUUACAGAGGCAAUACAGUGCUGCAAGAGACACCUGGAGAUAUCCCGGAGUCUAGGAGACAAGCUGAGCGAAGGGCGGGCGCUGUAUAAUCUGGGCAACGUCUACCAUGCUCAAGGGAAACAGCUUGGUAGAGUUGGACAAAAUGAUCCCGGACACUUCCCACAAGAGGUGCGCGAGUGCCUCGUGCAAGCAGUUGCUUAUUAUGAAGAGAAUCUGGAGCUGAUGCGCAGCCUCGGUGACAGACAGGCCAUGGGCCGGGCGUGCGGCAACUUGGGCAACACGUGCUACCUGCUCGGCGACUUCGCGCGCGCCAUCCGCUACCACACGGAGCGCCUGCAGAUAGCGCGCGACUUCGGGGACAAGGCGGCCGAGCGGCGCGCCAACAGUAACCUCGGCAACUCACACAUAUUCCUCGGACAGUUUGAAAACGCCGCAGAGCAUUACAAACGCACGCUGUCGCUGGCGGAGGAGCUGGGCGACGCGGCGGUGGAGGCGCAGGCGUGCUACUCGCUGGGCAACACGUACACGCUGCUGCGCGAGUACCGCGUGGCCGAGGAGUACCACGCGCGCCACCUGGCGGCCGCGCGCCGCCUACACGACCGCGUCGGCGAGGGCCGCGCCUGCUGGUCGCUCGGCAACGCGCACGCCGCGCUCGGCAACCAUGAGAAAGCGCUCUAUUUCGCCAACGAACACUACAACAUAUCCAAAGAAUUGGGUGACGUACUCGGGAUGGCGACGGCCCAAAUGAAUAUUGGCGAUCUGCGCAAGGUGCUAGGGAUGCCGGCGGAGGCGGACGACUCUCCUCCCGCGCCUCCCUCCGACGAUGACAGCGCACCCCGCACUCCGUUCAAUGCUCUACGAGUCCGGAGACAGAGCAUGGAACAACUAUCCCUGAUACAGAUUACUCCUGACGCCAAGAAGAACGAGAAAGAACCGGAACCAGAAACGAAAAAAGAGAUCGCGCGCACUGAAUCCGAGGACAACCCAGAAUCGUUCUUUGACCUGGUGCUGCGGUGCCAGUCGGGGCGCAUGGACGAGCAGCGCGCCAUCCUCAACAGCAACAAGGAGAACCGGCACAAGCCCAAGCCCAACGCCACCAAGAUACAGAACAUGGGGUCCAGCGACACGAUGCUGGACAUGAUCAACAGCAUGCAGUCGGAGCGCAUAGACUCGCAGCGCGCCGAGCUGCGGCCCGCGCAGAAGGCGGCGGGCAAGGAGCCGGGCCCCGGCACGUCACUGCCCGGGCUGCGCGCGCAGCACACCACGCACUCCAAGCCCGAGGACGACUUCCUCGAGAUGAUCGCGCGCGUGCAGGGCUCCCGCCUGGAGGACCAGCGCACGGAGCUACCGCGCCCGCGCCCCGAGCCCGCCAAGCCGCGCCCGCGCCCCGAGAACAGGGGCACUCUGCCCGAUGAUGACUUCUUCUCGCUGCUCAUGCGGGCGCAGGGAGGCCGCAUGGAGGACCAGCGCGCUGCAAUCCCAAUAAAAAACAACAGCGCUCCCAAGAAUGACACCAACGCGAAGAAGUAA